UCAAUGUUGAUUCAUCUAAUUUAUGUAGUGUUAAACACCCUCAUAAUCCUAAAUGACUUCUUUGAUUUUGGUUUGCAAAAUCUAGUUUUUCAUUUACUUAUUUUAGUCACAAUUUUUGUUUAAGUAUACAAAUAUGCCUUGAAUUGGGUAUUAUAAGAUAAAGCAUAAGUAAAUAUCAAUAUUAUUGUGUUAAUAGGCAGAAUCUAUAUUCAUGAAAAAAAUAUAAUAUUUGACAUCAUUUAGUAAAUUACCUGAGACUUUGUUAAAAUAAUAUAUUAUGCCAACAUUAAUUGAUGCUAUUACCUUAAAGAAUAUAGUAAAUAAUUAAUAAAUAUUUAGUAACACACUGCAGCAUUCUUUAUAGCCUUAUAUUUUGGUAUAUCAUAUUUGUCAUUGUUCCUAACAAAUAAGGCAGUAAGAAGCAUUUCAUUACAUCUAUUAUAUGGAUUAUAUUAUCAUUAUAAUAAAAACUAAUAACCUUAUCAAUUUUGGAUGUAAAGAAUUAAAAAAAUUCUUUCAGAGAAAUGUGAAGCUUUAACUAGCAAGAUUUAAAAGUAAAAAUUAUGAG